GCACAGAUUUCCUGUGUGGUUUCAUCUGCCCAGAGUGUGUCAUGGACCUGGGGAAACCAAUGAAAAGCGUGCUGGUGGUGGCCCUCCUUGUCAUUUUCCAGGUGUGCCUGUGCCAAGAUGAAGUCACAGACGAUUACCUUGGAGACAACACCACGGUCGACUACACCUUGUACGAGUCCGUGUGCUUCAAGAAGGAUGUGCGGAACUUCAAGGCCUGGUUCCUCCCAAUUAUGUACUCAGUCAUUUGCUUUGUGGGCCUGCUGGGCAACGGGCUGGUUGUGUUGACUUACAUCUAUUUCAAGAGGCUCAAGACCAUGACAGAUACCUACCUGCUCAACCUGGCCGUGGCGGACAUCCUCUUCCUCUUGACCCUUCCCUUCUGGGCAUACAGUGCUGCCAAGUCCUGGGACUUUGGUAUCCACUUUUGCAAGUUCAUCUUUGGCAUGUACAAGAUAAGCUUCUUCAGCGGCAUGCUCCUACUUCUUUGCAUCAGCAUCGACCGCUAUGUUGCCAUUGUGCAGGCUGUCUCAGCCCACCGCCACCGUGCCCGCGUCCUGCUCAUCAGCAAGCUCUCCUGUGUGGGCAUCUGGAUACUGGCCAUAGUCCUCUCCAUCCCAGAGGUGCUGUACAGUGGCAUUCAGAGGAGCAGCAGUGAGCAGACACUGCGAUGCUCCCUCAUCACCGAGCAUGUGGAGGCCUUGAUCACCAUUCAGGUGGCCCAGAUGGUGGUGGGCUUUCUGAUCCCUCUCAUGGCCAUGAGUUUCUGCUACCUUGUCAUCAUCCGCACCCUGCUUCAGGCACGCAACUUCGAACGCAAUAAGGCCAUCAAGGUGAUCAUCGCCGUGGUCGUGGUCUUCAUAGUCUUCCAGCUGCCCUACAAUGGGGUGGUCCUGGCCCAGACUGUGGCCAACUUCAAUAUCACCAGUAGCAGCUGUGAGCUUAGCAAGCAGCUCAACAUCGCCUAUGAUGUCACCUACAGCUUGGCCUGUGUCCGCUGCUGUGUCAACCCUUUCUUGUAUGCCUUCAUCGGUGUCAAGUUCCGCAGUGACCUCUUCAAGCUUUUCAAGGACUUGGGAUGCCUCAGCCAGGAGCGGCUUCGGCAGUGGUCUUCCUGUCGGCAUACCCGACGUUCCUCAAUGAGUGUGGAUGUUGAGACCACCACCACCUUCUCCCCGUAG